UAACCGAACAACCUUAGUGUGUUAGUACAUUAAGCGCAAUACAAGAAUAUAUAAUCUCGUGCUGUCAAAUAUCGUCGGUUCAGACUUUCAUUUAUCGAUAAAAUUGUUAGUGUUUACUUUUAAAUAUGGCUUUAUGGCGAGUAGUUCCAUCUAAAAUUGUUGAAGCAUCAAAAAACGUUUUUUCAAGUACACCAUGCGUCUUUUAUCACCCAAAAGUCAUAGAUCACUAUGAUAAUCCUAGAAAUGUCGGGAGUCUAGAUAAAAAUGAUAAAAGCGUAGGUACUGGCUUAGUUGGAGCACCAGCUUGUGGUGAUGUUAUGAAGCUUCAGAUCAGGGUUGAUGAAAAUGGCAAGAUUAUUGAUGCCAAAUUUAAAACAUUUGGAUGCGGUUCAGCAAUUGCAUCCAGUUCUCUUGCUACAGAGUGGGUGAAAGGUAAAACAGUUGAUGAAGCAUUAAAGUUGAAAAAUACUGACAUAGCUAAAGAAUUAUGUCUCCCACCUGUCAAGCUACAUUGUUCAAUGCUUGCAGAAGAUGCCAUAAAAGCAGCUCUUUCAGAUUACAGAAUUAAGCAACAACCAAAAGAUAGUGGUGAUAAAAAAUAGUAACAAGAUAAAAUUGACUUGUUCAUGAGCAGUGUUUUAUGGUCAUAUGAUAGAUGACAUUGCAUAUAAUCUUUCUCCUCCUAAGAGAUUCUAUCCUAUAUCCCUAUCCUCUUAAGAAGAAGGAGUAAUAGAGAGAGAAAAAAAAAUGAAAAAAAUAAUAAUAAUAUUGUGAUCGUUAUAAAGUAACACAAAAUUUACUGAUAUUAUUUAAGAUAACUGUAUAAGGUCUAUGUUUCGUUAAAUUAAAAAAAAUAAAAUUUUUCAUGUUUUUUUUUUAAAUAAA